AUAAGACUAUGGAUCCUGGUUGUGAACCCUCAUCACUCCCAUUUGCUUUCUUUUUAUCCAUAGAAAAUAUGGGCUCAACUUUGUGUCUCUUCAUGUUCAUGCGUUUUCUCCUUUUACUCUCAUCUUUUUAUCCAAUGGUGGCUAACUCUUCCUCUUUUAUGCAGCAGCCACUGUGCCAUGAUAGUGAGAGCUCUGCCUUGCUUCAGUUCAAGCAAAGCUUUUUGAUUAAUGGGCAAGCCUCUGGUGAUCCUUCUGCUUAUCCAAAAGUUGCAAUGUGGAAAUCCCAUGGAGAAGGAGAAGGAAAAGGAGAAGGAAGUGAUUGCUGCUCUUGGGAUGGUGUUGAGUGUGACAGGGAGACUGGCCAUGUGAUCGGCCUUCACCUUGCCAGCAGUUGUCUCUAUGGUUCUAUCAACUCCAGCAGCACCCUCUUCAGUCUUGUUCAUCUCCGGAGGCUUGACCUCUCUGAUAAUGAUUUCAAUUACUCUGAGAUCCCAUUUGGUGUUGGUCAGCUUUCAAGGCUUAGAAGUCUCGAUCUCUCUUAUUCUGUAUUCUCUGGCCAAAUCCCAUCGGAACUCUUAGCACUGUCCAACUUGGUUUUCCUUGAUCUCACGGCAAACCCAAUGUUGGAGCUUCAAAAGCCUGGCUUGAGAAAUCUGGUUCAGAACUUAGCCCACUUGGAGAAACUUUAUCUAAGCGAGGUGAACAUUUCUUCAACAAUACCUCAUGAGUUGGCAAAUUUAUCUUCAUUGACAACUCUCUCUCUCAGACAAUGUGGAUUGCAUGGAAACCAAUCCCUUAAAAGUGUUGGACAUCAGCUCAUGCAAUUUCACUGGGUUGGUCCCAUCUCCACUUGGUCACCUUCCCCAGUUAUCCUAUUUAGACCUUUCAAAUAACUAUUUUAGUGGCCAAAUUCCUUCUUUCAUGGCAAAUCUUACCCAACUCACUUAUUUAGACCUUUCUUUCAAUAAUUUCAGUGUUGGGACCCUUCCUUGGCUUGGUAAGCAAACAAAACUCACUGCUUUGCAUCUCAACCAAAUUAAUUUAAUUGGAGAAAUCCCAUUCUCUCUUGUAAAUAUGAGUCAACUAACUAAAUUGACUCUUGCAGAAAAUCAAUUGAGUGGUCAGAUCCCAUCUUGGCUCAUGAAUCUCACCCAAUUAACUCUAUUAGAUCUUGGGGAUAACAAUUUAAAA